AUGAACGACACCUCAAAAUUUCCAAAGAAGUGGGAGACAGGGCAGGAGAAGGAAAAGCUUACGGUAACCUUGGCAACGCUUUUACAAAUCUUGAGAUCUCGGAAAGCCGUAGAGUACCUUGAACGAGACCUCAUAAUUUCUAGAGAAGUGGGAGACAGGGCAGGAGAAGGAAUAGCGUACUGUAAUCUUGGCAACGCCUAUUACGGUCUUGGAGAUUUCCAGAAAGCGUUACAGUACCAUGAACGCGACCUCAAAAUUGCCAAAGCAAUAGGAGACAGGGCAGGAGAAAGAAAAGCGUACGGUAAUCUUGGCUGCGCCUAUCACAGUAUUGGAGACUUCCAGAAAGCCAUAGAGUACCAUGAACGAAACCUCAAAAUUUCCAAAGAAGUGGGAGACAGGGCAGGUGAAAGAAACGCGUAUGGUAAUCUUGGCUGCGCCUAUAACUGUCUUGGAGAUUUCCAGAGAGGCAUAGAGUACCAUGAACAAAACCUCAAAAUUUCCAGAGAACUGGGAGACAGGGCAGGUGAAAGAAAAGCGUACAGUAACCUUGGCAACGACUAUGACCGUCUUGAAAUUUCCAGAAAGCUUUAGAGUACCAUGAACGAUACCUCAAAAUUUCCAAAGAAGUGGGAGACAGGGCAGGAGAAGGAAAAGCGUACGGUAAUCUUGGCAACGCCUAUGAUAAUCUUGGAGAUUUCCAGAAAGCCAUAGGGUACCAUGAACGACACCUCGAAAUUUCCAAAGAAGUGGGAGACAGGGCAGGAGAAGGAAAUGCGUACGGUAAUCUUGGCAACGUUUAUGACAGUCUUGGAAAUUUCAGAAAGCCAUAGGGUACCAUGAACGACACCUCAAAAUUUCCAAAGAAGUGGGAGACAGGGCAGGAGAAGGAAAAAGCGUACGGUAAUCUUGGCAACGUUUUUAUAAAUCUUGGAGAUUUCCAGAAAGCCAUAGAGUACCAUGCACGACACCUCAAAAUUUCCAAAGAAGUGGGAGACAGGGAAGGAGAAGGAAUAGCGUACGGUAAUCUUGGCAACACCUAUGGUAGUCUUGGAGAUUUCCAGAAAGCUUUACAAUACCAUGAAAGACACCUCAAAAUUUCCAAAGAAAUGGGGGACAGGGCAGGAGAAGGAAAAGGGUACUGUAAUCUUGGCUGCGCCUAUAACAGUCUUGGAGACUUCCAGAAAGCCAUAGAGUACCAUAAACGACACCUCAAAAUUUCCAAAGAAGUGGGAGACAGGGCAGGAGAAGGAAAAGCGUACGGUAACCUUGGCAACACCUAUAACAGUCUUGGAGACUUCCAGAAAGCGAUAGAGUACCUUCAACGGAACCUCAAAAUUUCCAAAGAAGUGGGAAACAGGGCAGGAGAAGGAAAAACCUACUGUAAUCUUGGCAGUGCUUAUGACGGUCUUGGAUAUUUCCAGAAAGCCAUAGAGUACCAUGAACGAGGCCUCAAAAUUUCCAAAGAAGUGGGAGACAAGGCAGGAGAAGGAAGAGUGUACUGUAAUCUUGGCAACGCUUUUAGAAAUCUUGGAGAUUUCGAGAAAGCCAUAGAGUACCAUGAACAACACCUCAAAAUUUCCAAAGAAGUGGGAGACAGGGCAGGAGAAGGCAAUGCGUACUGUAAUCUUGGCAACGCCCAUAUCAGUUUUGGAGAUUUCCAGAUAGCGGUUCACUGUUAUAAGAAUAGUCUCAUUGCCUUCGACCAUAUCAGGGGAAAUCUCAUAUCUAAUGACGAAUGGAAGAUUAGUCUUGGGAGUACUUAUAAUGAUAUUAAUUUGAAGCUAUGGGGGCUGCAGUUGAAGGAAGGUAAAGUCGUUGAGGCACUUUUAACAGCUGAUCAUGGACGUGCGCAAGCCUUAAAUGAUCUUCUGGAGUUCAAAUAUGGGUUAAAAGGGUUAUCUCGAGAAAUAGGAACACUCUCUGCAACAACAACUGACAUUCUUAGUUACCUACCAUCAAAUACAGCUUUUAUAGGUAUCAACGAGGGAGAAAUAGUCCUCUGGGUGAACGAGAAAGGAAAAGAAAUCAAAACUAGAGGAACUCAGAUCGAUAUCUCCGUCACAACCUAUUUUCAGUCUCUAUUGGAGACUGUACAUGAAGAAAUAGGUGUGAGAGCUGAUGUUAACUGUGAAGAUCGCUCAUUAAGGAACCCGAGCGAUAAACAGCUAGCGGAAAAAAGAUCCAGUAAGCCAAGGUCUCAUUCCUCAUCUUUUGAGACAAAGUCAUUGCAAACAUUUUACAAUGUUGUUAUGGACCCUAUAAGAGACUUACUCCAAAGCGAUGAGCUUGUGAUUGUUCCACAAGGACCUCUUUGUUUGGCCCCUUAUGCUGCUUUCAUGGACUUGGAAUCAAAGUUCCUCUGCGAAACUUUUAGAAUUCGCCUACUUCCCUCACUUUCUAGUCUGCAAUUAAUCCAAAAUUGUCCAGCAGAUUGGCACAGCAAGACUGGCGCUCUUCUUGUCGGCGAUCCGUGGGUACAGGAGGUAGUUUACGAAGGAAUGACGCUAGAACAGUUAGAGUGGGCUGAAAAGGAAGUGGAGAUGAUUGGGAAAAUUCUUCAAACUGAACCUAUCGUUGGAAAGCAGGCAACAAAAGAUGAAGUCUUAACACGUAUCUCCUCGGUUGCUUUGGUGCACAUUGCUGCUCACGGUAAAAUGGAAACAGGAGAAAUUGCCUUGGCCCCAAACACAACACGUUCAUCCGUGAAUCCAGCCAAGGAGGAUUACCUCUUAACUAUGAAAGAUGUUUUAGAGGCGCAAAUUAGGGCAAGACUUGUUGUACUUAGUUGUUGUCAUAGUGCCCGGGGAGAAGUCAAAUCUGAGGGUGUGGUCGGUAUUGCACGGGCAUUUUUAGGUGGUGGUGCUCGCUCUGUUCUGGUGUCCCUGUGGGCGAUCGACGACGAAGCUACUAUGCAGUUCAUGAAAGUUUUCUACCAACAACUAGUCCAUGGACGAAGUGCCAGUGAGGCUCUAAAUAAAGCCAUGAAAUCCAUGAGAGAAUCUGACCGCUUUAACGCAUUGAAGUACUGGGCACCGUUUGUUCUCAUUGGUGAUGAUGUAACGCUCGAGUUUGAGGGCAUCCAAUAA